UUGUGUCCACUUACGGACGGCGGAAAUCGAGCGGAAAUCGACCUCCACGUCACCGCACGGCAGAACAUCGAGUAGCCUCGGAACGUCUCAGGACCUCCCGACACCAUAUCCAUCCAUGGCAUAUUUCUUAUCCAUGGCUGCCGACUGCGGACCGACCGCGGAGGAACAUGUCAGAAACAUGCCAGGCCCCUUCGGUAUGUGGCACGGGAGGAUGUGCACGGGAAGAUGCCCGCGGCAAGCCCGGCAAGCAGCGCACUAUCGGCAAUCAAUAG